UCUCCUCCUCCCCCUCCCUCCCGGACGCGCAGAGGGAAGCUUCUUCCUGCGAGGGACUCAGCUUUUCUCUCUCCAGGCUAAUCUUCAUCCUCACUAACUCGCAGGGACAGAAAGGUUCAUGGCAUUGAGGGAAGGGGCCUUGAAGAUGAUCUAAUGCCACCCUUCCACGUCUUACAGUGGAGGAAACUGAGGCCCGAAUGUGACUUUGCCAACAUCACCCAGGUAGGACGCAACGAAGGCGGGAUUUGAAUCCAGGUCCUGAGACUCCAGCUUCGGUGUUCCUUGCACGAUCAUCCACUGCUCCGACUUGAGGUGAGUGACGCCUGGGCCGGCGGGCCGGCUGCAGCGGCGACAGGAUGGGGAACAGUGCCCUCCGCGCCCACCUGGAAACGGCGCAGAAAACGGGCGUGUUUCAGCUUAAGGAUCGCGGCCUGACGGAGUUCCCCGAGGAUCUGCAGAGGCUGACUAGCAACCUCCGGACCAUCGACCUGUCCAACAACAAGAUCGAGCACCUCCCACCUGCGCUCAUCGGGAAGUUCACACUGCUCAAGAGCCUGUCCCUGAACCACAACAGACUGACUGUUCUUCCAGAGGAGCUGUGCAAGUUGAAAAAGCUAGAGACCCUACACCUUAACAACAAUUAUCUGACACAACUGCCAGCUGCUUUUGGGCAAUUGUCUGCCCUCAAGACACUGAACCUCUCUGGGAAUAAGCUCCGAGCAAUACCUCCUCAGCUCUGUAGCCUGCGACAUUUGGAUGUGGUCGAUCUUUCCAAGAACCAGAUUCAAAGUGUACCUGAUACAAUAGGGGACCUACAAGCCAUUGAGCUCAACCUCAACCAGAAUCAGAUUUCUCAGAUAUCACCACAGAUAUCUCACUGUCCACGCCUCAAGGUCUUGCGCAUGGAAGAGAAUUGUCUAGAACUCAACAUGCUUCCACGAAGCAUCCUUAGCAAUUCCCAGAUCGCUCUGCUUGCAGUAGAAGGCAAUCUUUUUGAAAUAAAGAAACUCCGAGAACUGGAAGGCUAUGAAAAGUAUAUGGAGAGGUUCACAGCCACCAAGAAGAAGUUUGCAUGAUGUUCCCCAGAAGCACAGGCACCUCACGGGAAACACACUUUGAACCAAAGUUGGGACGUCUGACUGAAAAGAAGACUCGUGUCAUUGCCAAGGAGAUCUGCAGUUGAGGAUAUGAUUGAAGGAGGAAAUGAGCACUUGAGUACCAAAUGGUGUCUCCCAAGAGCAGAUUAUGUUACAUCUAACAUUCUCUCACCCCUUUCAGGACUUGCUAUAAAUAAAGCAGAAGAGAAAGGGAAGGGGGAGGGGAGGGGAAGGGAGGUUGAGUCCACCAAAGUGCAUUAGAGAAGAAAGGCCAAGCAAAUGUUCAGGCUGAGGGAUGGAGGGGGCCUGUUUUUUUACAACUGUUGCCAGUUUUACUUUAAGAAAUGACAAGUAGGUAGCUGCUGUUUUAUAUACCAAGGUGGCUGUGCCUAGUAACUGCCCUGAGGUUCUGUCACUAGAAUAGCUCCGCGCCACAGCUUGAAAGGCUGCUUAAUUCUGAUGUGUGAGCUGCCAUAACAACAACUACAGAUCCACCUCUGCAUUUAACACUUCUUGUAUUUCUUUGGAACACAAAUAGUUCAUGAGAUGCUGCUAUGAUUAAUCACAGCAUUCAGUGCUUUUAUUCCAAUAUGUCAGUUCAGUUGAAAGUUUAAAUUGCUGCUUUGAGAAAAGUGCUUAUUCUGCUUGAAACUUAAAGUAUGAUAUGUGGCAAAUGUCUCGAUUUAAUAUGUAUUUUGCUGAUUAAAAAAUGCUUAGGAGAUGAGCCCCAAGCUGCAGCAAAUAAUUCAUUACUAUUGUAGGUGCCUUACUGGUGAAGGUACUUGUAUGCAAAACAUGUAAAAUGAAAAGAAUUGUAAUAUCCAAGAUUUUUCUAAAGCUUCUUUAGAAAUGUCUAAUUUCCUAUACUUUUGCCCUUUUUGUAUUAUAACUUUACUAAUCAAAUUACUUAUCCAAAAGCUAUUGCUAUAAGAUUUUCAGAACAUCCCAUUAUGUAAAUUAGGUGUGCUCUCUGCAUAAGAUGGAUAAAAGGAUAUGAAAAAUAAAUAACUUUUUAAAAAGAA